GCAUUGCGACUUUUGAAUACCACAUUGUUGCGAGCAUCCCGCAGCAACAGUGCUUUUGCUGCUGUUGCCAAGCCCACGUUUCGCGCUGCCUCUGUGCGUGCACUCUCUAGCAGCGUUAUGAGAGGACAAGCCAGUGAAAAAGUGAAUGCCGAUCCCAACUACAAAUCUGGCAACGAUGCCUUACACGAGUACGGCCAGUACAUCACAUCUGCCCUGCCCAAAUACGUUCAGCAGUUCAGCGUCUAUAAGGAUGAAUUGACGAUCUACGUUGCACCUAAUGCGCUUGAGCAAGUGAUGAUCUUCUUGCGCGAUCACACCAACAGUCAGUUUAAAUCUCUUCAGGACAUCACAGCUGUCGAUUGGCCUGCUCGUCAGAACAGAUUUGAGGUUGUCUACAACCUUCUCAGCAUUCAAUACAAUGCUCGUAUUCGUGUAAAGACCUACGCCAACGAAACUUCCCCCGUUCCUUCCGUCGUUCCUCAGUUCAGCAGUGCCAACUGGCUCGAGCGUGAAGUUUACGACAUGUUUGGUGUUUUCUUCACCGGUCACCCCGAUCUUAGACGUAUUCUCACUGAUUACGGUUUUGAGGGACACCCUCUCCGUAAGGACUUCCCUCUUACUGGUUAUAUUGAGGUUCGUUAUGAUGAGGAGAAGAAGCGCGUUGUUUCAGAGCCAGUUGAGUUGGCCCAGGCUUUCAGAAACUUUGAGGGAGCACUUUCACCAUGGGAGGCAGUUGGUCCUGGACGUGACGAUACCCCCUUGAAGCAAUUGAAGCCUGAGGGUGAUAAGCAAUAGAAAACAAAGGUUAAAAGAUUUGGAUGAGAGAAAAAUAAAUAUGGAUUUUUUUUAUUUGUCUCGUG